ACAAGUACGAUAAAGAGUUGGAUAGGAAUUACACAAUCAUUUUAUAUGAGGAUUUAUUAUAUACAAGGGCAAUGGCUGUUCCAGGGAAGAUUACAGUUUGUUGCCAGCCCUGUGACAGAGAUGGGCAAAGGUUGGCUGCACAUGGCUACUGCAAGAAUUGUUGUGAACAUUUAUGUGAAUCCUGCUACAAACAUCACAUGAGGCAUACUCUUUCCCGAGAUCACAUUUUAGUUGACAAAACCAACAUGCCACAGAUAAUGCAAUUGUCUUCAAGUUUUCAUUAUCAACAGCAUGAAGACUUUACAAAACCGUGUCAUAAGCACAAACGGGAAGUCAUAAACUUUUACUGUCAAAACCAUAAUGAACUACUCUGCAGUGUCUGUGUCACUCAUGGACACCAACAUUCUCCUUGCAAAGUCAGCUAUAUACCCGAUAUCUCUGAAAAUGUCAUUGACGGGAAAGAGUACAUAGAACUGUUGAAAAAAAUGGAUUCAAUGUCUGAGCAAUUCUGUAAAAUACAAGACCGUAUGUAUAGAUCAACCGUAAAAGCUAACAAGACAUUGAGUAAUGCAUUAGAAGACAUAAAGUUGUUCCGGAAAGAAAUCAAUAAAAGAUUAGAUGAACUUGAAAAACAAGCUGUAGUUGAAGUAAAUGUCUUUCAAGAUGAAAAUCUUAAGAUGCUUAAAGAAGUUGAGACAGCAUGUAACGACAAAACAAGAGAUUUGUGGACAUCCUGUGAUUCAAUGAAGCGACUUAACUGUUCGAAACAAGCAGAAAAGCUUUUUGUGGAAGUAAAAAGUGCUGAGAGAAUGAUAGAAGACUGUGAAAAAAGGCUCGUAGAGUUAGCCAAAUUUAAAGUAAAUAGUUACAGCUUUACACCUAAUGAAACAAUAUCAAAGUUGUUAACAUCAGAAAAAUCUUUGGCUAUAUUAGUACACAAAACAAUGCAUGAUGAAAGUACAACUAAAGAUUCUAUGGUAUUUGAAAAGGAACUUUAUUACCAUGGAGAUAUCUGUGUGAAGACAUCGAAGGAUAAGGCAAUGUGCUGGAUAACUGGAAUGACUCUUCUUACUCCUAAUAUUCUUGUUAUCACCGAUUACCUUAACAUGAAUGUAAAGUUGGUUGAUACACGCAGUCAAUAUGUGAUUGAUCGACUACAUCUAGAUUGUGGACCUUAUGAUAUCACUUCGGUGACUAGUACUGAACUGGUUGCCACAUUUCCAAGAAGCAACACAAUUCAGUUUCUGGCGAUCUCUUCAGACAAACUAAAACAAAAGAACACUGUAAAAGUGGAUGGACACUGUUGGGGUAUAAGCUGUUACCUAGAUAAACUUGUUGUAUCAUUCUAUGACCCUGCAAAACUCCAGAUCCUGGACAUGUGUGGUAUUGUUUUGAAAACAUUUCGAGAUCAAAAUGAUUUCGGAAAUCCGUUGUAUGUCGAGGCUAUCAGUAGUUCAAUCUAUGUUUCUGACACAAACAAGAAAAGAGUCACAAGGAUAAACUGGUGUGGGCAGGUGAUUGGUAGCUACGAUGAUAUGAAUGAAGCUAGAGGACUGUCACUGUCAGAUGAUGGUACUGUCUUUGUGUGUGACCGGGGGAGAAAAGUUAUAGAAAAGAUAUCAGGAGGCUGUUUUCAAGGAAAGGUGGUGCUGCAGGAUCUGAAAUAUCCACAGGCUGUAUGUUGGUGUAGUGAAACAAGUAAGAUAUACUACAGCAGUGGAGAUGGAAACGACAGGGACAAAAACGCCCUUCAUGUCUAUCAACUGUUUAAGCCAUUACAGUAAAAACUGUGAAAACCAGACCCUCUGAAAAACCCUACGAUUUUAAAAGUCCCGUAUUUUCUUCUUAUACGUUCAUUGAAGAAAAAAAACCUCUGAAUACCGGAACCUCUGAAUUCCGAAAAUCGGACAAUUUUCUAUGGCUACUGAUGCUGAACACGAUAAAAUAAUCCACUGAAAACCGGACAUAUGCUUUAAAAAGAACCAUAAGACUACAUGUUAAAGAUUGGUUUUCAUUCAUGAAAUAAGCGUGUACCAACCAUAACAUUGAGAUCCAAGCACUUUUAAUGGAAUUUCCGUAUCAGAAUGAUAUCAAUAAGAAAGUUAAUCAAAACAUACUUGUACACACAAAUCGAAGCGUAUUUAAAUGCUAUUUUGAGAAAUGAUUUUAGUUAAACUGUUUUUAGAAAGAUAUGGUUGUAAUUUUUUUAGCUUGUCCAUACAUAUAUAGAUUAAGUGUUGGUUAGCUUUAUUAGAUUUUUUGUUGUACAGUUGGAUUCAAACUACAACUGAUUAUAUAAUUAUUACUUAAUAUUGCAUAAUAUUACUCAAGAAAAACAGCAUAUAUAAUCUUCAUGAAUAUUUUUCAAGAAAUAAGAGUUUAAACUUUAACUUGGAUUUCUGUUUACUUUAAAAAUUAAUAUUGAUAUUAAUUGUAUUGAUAUGUUGUAUCCUUAUCCAUACAGGGGUAAAUUAUUGUUUUCUUAAUUGCUUUAAAUUAAUGAACAAAUAUAUUACCUUUUUUAGGAAAUCUAUCCUCAGUUUUGUCUAAAAGUAUAAUAUCUUUCUAAUGGUAGGGACAAAUAAGUUAUUAUUCAAUUGUUUUGAAAAUAACUUAAUCAACUUUCGCUUCUACAAUUCAUAUGACAAAGGCUUAUCCGACAAUAUCAGCAUUUCUUAUUCAUUUUCUUUAUUGAUAAAACAGAUAGAAUAAGCGAAUAUUUGUAUGUAGUGUGGAUAUGAAUAGGUUUGCAUUGAGAGGGUGAAAAGAUUUCGGUCAAUCAUUGAUUUUUGUGAAACAAAAUGUUUAAGUCUUUAAUGUAAUAUAGAAAGAUUACAAAAGCAAAACAGUAAUAGUGAAUUACUUUAAAGAAAAUUAGCAAAAACUGGAAAAAUUAAUUGAUUAUUUUGAUAUGAAAAACAAACAACAAAAUAAUAACCACUGAUAAUGAAAAUUAUGCUAUAAUAACUUUAUUAUUCCCAAAUGUAUUAAAAUCCCAAACACAUAACCGAUAGUGAUGUUUUUUCUUUAUAUUUCUGGGACAAAUUUACAAAAUGAGACAGUAAAGGACGGUUAUCACAUCAAGUGACCA